GUAAUUUUGCAUUUGCCCCAAAUUUUUAGGGCGCGAAAUUAGGUGCGAAAUCGGCUGCCGGUGGAAUCGAAUCGGCUGAGAUCGAGGAAUGAAUUGCGACUCCGUAAGGGAAUUCGUGAAGAGGGAAGUACCCGAUUGGGACGAUGAAGUGGUGGCGACGGCCCGGUUCAAGGCGUUCAGCGGGCAGAGAUCCGACUGGGAGCUCCGAUACCAUUUAUGGAAGGAUUUGAUCCUAAAAGUCGCUCGCCACUUCGGUCUUUUCAUAAUUCGACCUUCCCAGGUGAAGGAGUGGUUUAAUAGAGACGGCUUGACUCCUUUAUGCAUCGAUCAUGUUCUACUCAUAAUGUACAAUGAAGGUGAGAUUGUUCGGGUUAGUGAUCUUGCGGACCCAACUAGCGGGAGGCUCUCCCAGAUUCUGAAGAAAGUACGGCUUUUGAUGUUCCGGCCGUCCACUGCGGAAGAAGCCCUUGAAGAUAAUCUUGUACUCAGUGCUUUGCUCAAAGAUAAAGCGUUAGAAGUAGUUAAGCAUUUAUCAGAGAGCAACUGGACCUCUUCAUGCAUCGCAACGCUCAAGAGGUUUGGGGAGAUAUGUGGAGGGCGAGAUGAAGCAUCUGCUGUAUUGAGCUAUCUGUCGGGAUGUGGGAAAGCACGUUACCUCUGUAAUCGUAAGAAAGAAGUUAUAGAGGGUGUUAAAGUUUCCCUUUCUUCAGAUGCCAUUUCGGGUAUAACAAGCUUAGAUUGUGAUGUCCUGCAUCUGGUUUGGACUACGGAGAAGCUUCAGCAGCAACUUGAUGUGAUUGAUCGGCGAUAUGAGAAGUCGAGAAGUUCAGCAGUUGCUUCUCUGAGAUCUGGAAAUAAGAAAGUCGCUUUGAGGCAUGCAAGGGAGCUAAAGUUGGCAUCAGAGAGUAGAGAAAAAUGUGUCUCACUUCUGAACAGAGUAGAGGAAGUCCUUAAUGCCAUUUCUAAUGCUGAAUCCACCCGAAAGGUUUCUGAAGCAAUCCAAAUCGGAGCUCGAGCAAUGAAGGAAAACAAGAUCAUUGUUGAGGAAGUCGAACACUGUCUGGACGAAAUAGAUGAGAGCAUUGAGUCACAGAAGCAACUUGAAAAGGCUCUAGAAUCAGCAUCCUCUACUAGUUUUGAGGAUGAGGAUGUGGAAGAUGAGUUCAGAAAGUUGGAGCUCAAAAUUGAAAACGAGAAUCUGCAAGUGGAAAGUGGAAGCAAGAGUCCCAUUCAGCAGUCCGAUGCAUCGGAAACUGCUGCAUCUUUAAGCAGUGCAUUGUCAAGUCUGAGGCUUGUAGAUCAAGCAGAUGAAAAUGAAACAGACAAAUCUGAACAAUCAAUAAGGAAGAAUACACCUGAAACUCGUGUGCUCCAAGCCGAAUUUGCUUAGUACUUCCUCAAAUAUGUUUGUAGUUGUAGUUGCCUGUCUCUUGUAGCUAAUUGUAUAUAAUUCGGUAUGGUAUUUGUGUGUUGAUACAAAAGGUAUAGAAAGACAUGAACAGCAAUCUUAUCAUCAACGGAAACCUUUCUUGAGUUACAGUA